CUACCCCGACGCCGGCCAGCUGGCUCUUGGAAAUUCUGGUUCGCUUUGGCUCCUGUUUCGCUUUUACAAACGACUGGAUCUUACAUGCCUCUGUGGCCCCCACUUUCACUCCAUGCCCCCAGGCUCCUGGGCCAGCAACAGGAAAUGCCCUCUGGAUGUCCGCUGAAUUCUUAAGUUAGCUCUGCACUUGGAGAGACACCUCCUUGGCAGACCUUCGAGUUUCCUGGAGCGCCCCAUCUAUCUUGUCCUUGUUUUCCGACGUGUGCGUCGUCACUGAGCGUUCAAAACUGUUUCUCCAAAGGUUUCUGCAAAAACUCAGACUGUUUUCCAAAGCAGAAGCACUGGAGUCCACGGCAGAAGCGAUGGGCAGCGUGCGGACCAACCGCUACAGCAUUGUCUCCUCGGAGGAAGACGGCAUGAAGUUGGCCACCAUGGCCGUGGCGAAUGGCUUCGGGAACGGCAAGAGCAAAGUCCAUACUCGGCAGCAGUGUCGCAGCCGGUUUGUGAAGAAGGACGGCCACUGUAACGUGCAGUUCAUCAACGUGGGGGAGAAGGGGCAGCGGUACUUGGCAGACAUCUUCACCACGUGUGUGGACAUCCGCUGGCGAUGGAUGCUGGUCAUCUUCUGCCUGGCCUUCGUCCUCUCGUGGCUCUUCUUCGGCUGCGUGUUUUGGUUGAUAGCCCUGCUGCACGGGGACCUGGAUGGGACGAAGCAGAGCAAAGCGUGCGUGUCCGAGGUCAACAGCUUCACCGCCGCCUUCCUCUUCUCCAUUGAGACCCAGACGACCAUCGGCUACGGGUUCCGGUGCGUCACGGACGAGUGCCCCAUAGCGGUGUUCAUGGUCGUGUUCCAGUCCAUCGUGGGCUGCAUCAUCGAUGCCUUCAUCAUCGGCGCCGUCAUGGCCAAGAUGGCCAAGCCCAAGAAGAGAAACGAGACGCUCGUCUUCAGCCACAAUGCCGUGAUUGCCAUGCGGGACGGCAAGCUGUGCUUGAUGUGGCGCGUGGGCAACCUGCGCAAGAGCCACUUGGUGGAAGCGCACGUGCGAGCGCAGCUGCUCAAAUCUAGGAUCACUUCCGAAGGGGAGUACAUCCCACUGGACCAAAUCGACAUCAACGUCGGCUUCGACAGUGGGAUUGACCGGAUCUUUCUGGUGUCCCCCAUCACGAUCGUCCACGAAAUCGAUGAGGACAGCCCCCUCUACGACUUGAGUAAGCAGGACGUUGAUAACGCAGACUUUGAAAUUGUGGUGAUCCUGGAAGGCAUGGUGGAAGCCACCGCCAUGACGACCCAGUGCCGGAGCUCGUACUUGGCCAAUGAAAUCCUCUGGGGCCACCGCUAUGAGCCGGUCCUCUUCGAAGAGAAGCACUACUACAAAGUGGACUACUCCCGGUUCCACAAAACCUAUGAAGUACCCAACACGCCCUUGUGUAGUGCCAGAGACUUAGCCGAAAAGAAAUACAUCCUCUCCAGUGCAAACUCAUUUUGCUAUGAAAAUGAGGUCGCCCUCACGAGCAAAGAGGAAGACGAUAGUGAAAACGGACUUCCAGAAAGCACGAGCACAGACACGCCCCCUGACAUGGACCUUCACAACCAGGCCAGCGUACCUCUAGAGCCCAGGCCUUUGCGGCGAGAAUCAGAGAUAUGACGGAGCUGACUCCUCUGCAAUACUGACUUUCACGCACAAAGUCUGUCGCUCAGAGGCCCACGUCGGUUAGACAGACGACGGGACUGGUGACGAGGUGGGUCUGGGCGAGUGGCCGCAGGGACUGCGGCGAGUGGGAUGGUUUCAAAGAAAGACUGGAAGCGGACGGUUCGCACAACCCAUGCUGCACGUCGGCCUGACUCCACGGCUCGCGCGCACGUGUUGGAGGAUCAGUGAUGGGUUUCUCACGUCCUGUUGAGUGUACAAAACUUGAACUUGCAGGCAAGCCUGGUCUGGGUAUUUGACUUAUCCAGUAGGCGACUCUUUAGGGAACAAGCCUGUUUUUAAUGGCAUAACAAAGGCAAGACUCUGCCUUAAUUCUUGUAAAGCUGCUAACUACAUGAGCACACAUUGUAUUUUUGUGGUGGUGUAGUUGUUUUUUCUUUUUCUCCCCUUUUUUUCUUCACGCCUCCUCAUUUGUGUCAUUUAAGUCAGUGUUCAACUUUGUUGAAAGCUCAUGAUGCACUUGGAAGUGGCAAGUAUUUGGCUAUUAGCUGCCGAAACAAGAGCCUGAGUUUUGGAGGCCCGUAAUUUGUUUGCUAGAAUUGAUUCUCCAUCCCCCACCCCACCCCCUUUCUCUGUCUUUGGUUACAUAAGGGCAUUAUGUAAUGCUAGCCAAAUGGUAGCCUCCAGGGUUGGUUAUUUUUGUGUGCGUUGUUCCCCCUACCCCUCAAACCCCCCAUAAUGUUAAUGGGUGUUCUCAGAUGUUAAGUUACACUACCUAAAAUGAAUACCAAAGAAAUAUAAUGCUCAUUUUUGCACAGUGGAGAUUGUACUCAAAAAGGAAACAAAGCCACCCCUCCCUCCCACCCGCAGGCUGCUGUGGAAUCAAGAGACCACAGCAUUGAACCUCAGUCAGCCCUUGUACUAGCCCCUCACUUUGCACCGUAUCCAGAAAGUAGAGCAUCACACACACACACACACACACACACACACACACACACACACAGCCCGAUAUGUGCAAUGGUUUGUAAGGUCUUUUCUUUAACGUGGCUUUCUUACUGGAAGAGGAAAGGGGAAGUAAAAUUGCACAUGCAUGCACAUACAGACACCCCUGUCACAUAUGCAUCUUUUCUCCUCCUCCACCCCCCACACCCCGAUGCCAUGCUACAAAGAAAGGGAAGAAUGGUGAUGACACAGGCUAGGGAAGUUGUCCUGGGUCUUCCCAUUUCGGACAUUCCUGAAUUUAUUCUGGAAGCUAAGACCCUGGUUGAGCUGAACGUUGGAGUCUCCAGAACUGAGCCAGCCAGCAUGAAAGAUUUUUAAAAUGUUUUAUGCCACGCCAUUUCCAGCUUGAUUUUGCCCCAGAAACGAUGUUACCCAUUUGGCCCCUAGGCUCCUCUACUCAGUCUGAAAAGAUCUAGAAGGAGCCCAACUGUGCCAGGCAGGGCUGCAGAAGCCAAAGAGGGGAGGCCCCUAGUGUGGACAAGCCACGGCCCUGCAGCCCAUCAGUUCAAGUAUUCAGAGGGGAGAGGAAGGAAGAAUGUUCUUUUGAUGAUCGAGGGUAGGACUGGAAAUGUGUCAGUAUUCUAGGGUCAACGAAAGCCAUACACAACAAACAGGGCCACACUCAAAGUGAUACUGCCUGAAGAUGAUUAUUCCCCCGUUCGCUAGGCACACUCAUUGAAGGCAAUCUCUGUGCUGACCCUUGUCUCCUGUGGAGCCCGAGAACAAGGUACUAUGACUUAACUUUUCCAGAAGCCUCUCUUGGCUCCCUGCCUUGCUAAAAAAUCCCGCCCACCCCCCACCCUCCAUUCUAGUUCAAUAAUGGAACUUAUUUUUAUUUUGUUAAGUUCCCUAUUUGUGAAUUCUGGGGUGACUGACUUUUCUUCUUAAUUAGGAGUCUUGGAAUCAACUCUCUUUUGGUGUUAUAUCCCUGUAUGCCAUUAAAAACUAGCUUGUUCUAGAGUCAUGUCUUCUGGGCGCUGAUGUUGGGCAUGGCGUCUCAUUCUGGAAGAGCCAUCUCUGAAUGAGGUGCCUGUAAUAAGAAGACCGAGUGUGCUGUUAGCAGCGUUCAAAGUCAACAGGUGGUAUGCUAAUGAAAAUGAGUGAGGGAUAUCAAAUGCAUGAAUGCUAUUCUAAAUCCAGGUGGAAGGGCAGGCUUGGGACGUUGUCUAAAGAGUUGGAGGGUUUGAGGAAUCAAGUGGUCAAGAAGAAAUAGAUGAGGCAAUAAUUUGGCUGAUGACAGAGAAUGAAUAUAGAAGACUUCAGCUGCUGCUAUUACAAUGUUUUGCAAAGGAAAAUAAUCAAACCAAAGAGUAUUCAGUGAUCUGUAAAUUAUAUGAAGAUUCAGUGGAGACUGGGGUAACCACACAGGUAGCACCCCAAACACACAGUACUGCCGUAGACACACACAGACACAUAUAUACAGACUUGAGAUACUGGAGAAAGGGUGUGCUGGGGGUGAGGCUGUGGGAGGGAAACCUUUCAGCUUAUUUCUGAAAAAAGAUUUUAAAAAAUAAUCUAAGAUUUCUGGUGCACAAGUUUGUUUUUUUUCAAGAAAAUUUUGCAGAAGCCAUGUUUUUAAAGUGUACAUUUUAUAAAGUUUAUCAGAUAUUUUCAUAUUUAAAGCCAAAUGUAAAUAGAAGUCUGAAAAGGAAAAAAUAAAAUGCCAUAGAAAGUAUAACUUCAGUGCAUCAGUGUCUGAGAGCUAGUGCCGAUAUGCUGCCGGUUAGCAUGGUCUUAGCAACAGUGUACCAGCUUUAUAAGGUCCGUAUUGCUAUGUUCUUCUGUUAUUUAUUUCAGCAUGGGCUGCUCUUUGAAAGCUUUCUCUAGUUCUUAACAUUUUAACCGUUACAAGCUUUAAAUGGCAACUUUUUUUCUCUUUUGUUUGGUGUUGUGUUUGUCAAGAGCCAAGACACAGGUUAAUGCAUGCUACCUUUUGCUGCAUUUUACCUUCAAAACAUUUGUCCUUCUUGACUGGGUCUCUUUAGUGCCCAUGUGUCAUCAGACUGCGGAAGCCAGGGACCUCAUUGUGAAGAUCUGGGGGUCUAAUCUCAGAUAUGCAUUGCUUCUGUCAUGCAAGCAAACCCCAUCUGAAUUUUCUUAGAAUGUGUUCUCUUCAAAAGCAUUUUGCCCCGGAUAUGGAUGGGCAUUCUAUUUUGGGGA